GUAGAGUUAGAGCGAAUUAUGCAAAAUCUGUCAGAUGAAGCAUCUGCAUUAGAGGAUGACGACGAUAGUAUCGCAGACAGCAACUACGAACCUACUGAUGAUGAAUCAUCUGGUGGUUCCGAUACAAACUCUACUGCCUCCCCCAUGCUUGUGCAAACCGCAGACACCAAUGGCGAUGAGUUAUCCGUUACUUCUGGUACAAAUUUUCGAUUACCAGGAAGUAGUGCUGCCUCCGCUCCUAUGCCAAACACAGACACAGAUGACAAUUUAGCUGGUAACACCGGCGCCGCCUCGGAUAAUAUGAUAUGGAGUAUUCCAACAGGUAGAUAACCAGUUUUAUUACCCUUUACCAAAAAAACUGGUACUGAACCCCAUCUUGCUGAGCUUUUGCGUGAAGAACCUCUGGAAAUGUUUUAUUUUUCACUAAUUAGUGACUCUAUUUUCAAUACAUUGCUGACCAAACGAAUCUAUAUGCCACGCAAGUUAUUACAGAUGAAGCAGAUGUAAAAGGUACAUCUAGGUUACAUAAUUGGUUCCCUACAGAUAAAAAUGAAAUCAAGAAAGUUUUUGGCUUGCUUUCGUACAAUGCCUAAUAUUCAAGCCUAUUGGAGCCGAGAAGCUAUGUAUAAAAACUCUACGGCUUCUAAAGUAAUGACACGUUAUAUAUUUGAGCUGUUGCUACAUAUGUUGCAUUUUGCAGAUAAUCAGGAUAAUCCAGAUAAUGAUAGACUGCAUGAGAUUGACAAAAUAGUACAUAAUUUUAAAACAUCAUAUGAACCUUCCGAGACUUACUGCAUUGAUGAGUCCCUUAUUCCAUUUAGGGGAAGAUUAAUAAUGCGACAGUACAUAAGAAACAAGCGCCAUAAGUAUGGAAUAAAAGUAUUCAAAUUGUGCAGCAUAGGAGGAUAUACCUAUAACUUUAAAAUUUAUGCAGGAAAAAAUUUAGACCAAGGUCAUAAUACACCCACAUCUGUAGUUAUGAGUCUUUUUGAGCCCAUACUAGAUUCAGGCCGCACUCUUGCAACAGACAACUGGUAUACAAGUGUAGAUUUGGCAAAAAUAUUGAUGGAUAGGCAAACAUAUUUGAUAGGCACAUUGCGAAAAAACAGACGAGGCCUUCCAAAAGACCUGGUCAACAAAAUACUUAAAUGUGGAGAGAUAGCCGCUCUCGAAAAUCAGGACGGUGUCACAGUAAUUUCCUGGAAUGAUAAACGCAACGUUUUAGUGCUUUCUACCAAACAGAGCAACACAAACAGUAGACCCGACAAACCGCAGACAAAAAACUGUAAAGAAGCCUGAAGCCAUUGUAGCAUAUAACGCAGGAAACUCGUCGGUUGAUAUCUUUGAUUAGAUGACAGCUUAUCAGACACCUUUGCGUAGAACCUUUAAGUGGUACCGUAAGUUAGCCGUAGAGAUUAUCCUGAAUACUGCAAUGGCCAAUGCAUGGAUUAUGUAUAAGGAAACUGAAUUUCCUUACUUCAGCUUCGAAAAGCUGAUACAUACCAGUUAUGUCAAGCGCAAGACGAUGGGUUAGCAGAGCAACCAGAUGCAGAGAUGAUUGUAAAAAGAAAACGCCAAAAGCACGAAAUGGGCAAAAGUGAUUAUAAAAAAC